AGAAGUAAUAAAUGCGCGUGCUGAGCGGAAACCCCUGGCUGAUUGUCGCGCGCUUGAUUGAAAUGGCGUCCUGUGCUGUGCAGCUGAUCGAUAAAGUAGCGAGGAAGAAGUUUGAGAAAAAGAAAGUUGUGGCAGCCAUCCUGAAAGAGCCCCAUAUGAAGCAUCCACUGCAAAACAAAUGGGGUCUUUGGUUCUACAAGAAUGAUAAGAGCAAAAUGUGGCAAGACAAUCUGAGACUUAUCACCAAGUUUGACACGGUUGAGGACUUCUGGGCGUUGUACAACAACAUGCAGCGGCCAAGCAAACUCUCUUCUGGGUGUGACUACUCUAUGUUUAAGGAUGGCAUAGAGCCCAUGUGGGAAGACAGGAGCAAUAAAUGUGGUGGCCGCUGGUUGAUAACUCUUGCCAAGCAGCACAGACACACUGAACUUGAUCGAUUCUGGCUGGAAACGCUCUUGUGUCUCAUUGGAGAGAGCUUUGGCUCCUUUAGUCGGGAUGUUUGUGGAAGUGUUAUAAAUAUCCGUGCCAAAGGGGACAAAAUUGCCAUCUGGACCUCUAAUGCUGAGAACUGCGAGACCGUUACAUACAUUGGUCAGAAGUAUAAAGAGAGUCUUGGCCUUUCACAGAAGCUGGUUAUUGGAUAUCAAGCCCAUGCUGACACCGCAACUAAGAGCAACUCUAUAACCAAGAACAAGUUUGUUGUUUGAAAGAUGUGUUAAUAUGGCAUUGAGAUUUAUAUCCAGAGUGUUAUAUUUGUAUCGUUUCUUGUUCAUUUGUGAGAUCAUUUAAAUUAACCUAUCUUAUAUGUGUGAAUGCCAAACUUGAGUUGUUCUUGUAUUGAAGGGAUUUGUCUAAAAUG